AUCGCUCUGAGAGCCCUUAGAUCUGCCUGGUAGUCGCAGCGACAUGGGGUUAAGAUAAGAGGAGUGUGUCUACAUGCUUCAGAGCGAAGACCCAGCGCAAACGAAAGGGAUUGGUACUCAGGUUGAAAGGGUACUAGCCUACAUUUUCAUCCCGCCGUGUGUAAAGGGGAUACAUACAUAGAUGGACAGAGCGUUGAAUUCCAAAUUAACUUGCCAACCGGUGCGAGGAAUUGGUGGAUAUAAUGGGGAAUACGACACCUAAGCCAUUUGUAGAUGCGACCCUACAUCACCGCCCAGUGGCCAAGAGGCAAUACUACAUCCUUCCCAACAGCGGAUCGAGUGUGGAGAGACGGACCCCUGCUCCUCCUGCCAGCCUCAGCCUCGAAUCGCCGCGCUUCCACCCCCACGCCAAGGGCAAGAACGUCCGUCUGGACGGGCAGCUACGGCGCGCCACCCGCAAAAACAGCUUCUGUAAUGGCAUCACCUUCAGCCACAGACCCGUGCGUCUGUACGAGAAGGUGCGACUGCGUCUCAGCGGCGUGCACACGGGCUGGAGUGGCGCUCUGCGCUUCGGCUUCACCAGCCUGGACCCCAGCGAGCUGUCCUCGGCGGAAAUCCCCAAGUACGCAUGCCCCGACCUGGUGACGCGGCACGGGUACUGGGCCAAGGCCCUGCCUGAGAGGCUGGCCCAGAAGGACAACGUCCUCUCCUUCUGGGCCGACCGCCACGGCAGGGUGUUCUACAGCAUCAACGAAGGGGAGCCCAUCCUCUUCCACUGCGGGCUGAGUAUCGGCUGCCCGCUGUGGGCCAUCGUCGACAUCUACGGGAUCACGCAGGAGGUCACGUUACUCGAGAGCACGUUUGCAGAGAGUGUGGCGUCCAGCUGUCUGUCGGCGGCGCGCCUCAGCGCCUACCUGCCCCAGAGCAGCCACGACUCGGCCAACUACAACAACAACCAGCUGGAGCACAACCAGGCGGCCGCCGCCAAGAUCGCGACCUUGCAGCUCAGCGGCUACAGCCAGCUCACCCCCUGCGGCUCCUCCUCCACCUCCAGCUCCUCCACCUCCACCACCGUCACAACCUCCUCCUCCUCCUCCACCUCCUCCUCCUCCACCUCCAGCCCGCUCUCCGCCAGCUCCGCCGCCGCCUCCUCCUCCGCCGCCCCCGGCGGCCCCCGCCCGGCCAAACCGGGCCUCCCCUUGGCGCUGGACAACGGCCUGCACUUCCACCUGGUGCGCGGCUCCGACGUCGUCCUGUCGGCCGACCGCUCGGCCGCCUGCAUCCACUUCCUGGACAGCAGCCGCACGCUGGUGUUCGGCGACCGGCCGCUGCACGUGGACGAGACGGUGUACGUGGAGGUGGGCCACCUGGGCCUGCCCUACUUCGGGGCGCUGCUGUUCGGCCUGACGUCCUGCGACCCGGCGGGCCUCCACGCCGGCGAGCUGCCCGCCGACCCCCAGCUGCUGCUGGAGCGCAAGGAGUACUGGGCGGUGCACCGCGGCGUGCCCGUGCCCUGCUCCGGGGACGUGCUCAGCUUCACGCUGCGCGCCGACGGGGAGGUGCACCACGGGGUGAACGGGGCGCGGCGCGGCCGUCUGCUCUGCGUCGACGCGUCGCAGGUGCUCUGGGCGUUCUUCACCCUGCACGGCGCCAUCAACCGGCUGCGUAUACUGGGGACUCUCCAGUCUUCCCCUCUCUCCGUGUCUCCCAGUGGCUCUCCGAGCAGCGGCCCAGAUGACAGUGAUUCAGACCUGGCUUUCAGUGUCAACAGAUCCUCGUCUGCCUCCGAGUCCUCACUGGGUGCGUGGCUGAAACCCGUCACGGCCCCCAGCUCCCCUCUAAGCCCCCCGGUGUCUCCCAGCCUCUCCGCUCCAGAGCUGCCGCUGCCGGGGAAGAGCGGGGAGUGCACGGUGUGCUUCGACCAGGACGUGGACACGGUCAUCUACACCUGUGGACACAUGUGUCUGUGCCACGAGUGCGGGCUGAAGCUCAAGAGACAGAUGAACGCCUGCUGCCCAAUCUGCCGCAGGCCCAUCAAAGAUGUCAUCAAGACGUAUCGGCCCUGAUUAUGCAAUACAACUUGAACUUAUUUUUACCCCAUGGUGGGAUGGUGGAUGCCUUGAUGCUGCAAGCUUCCCUGUCUCCUGUUUGUUUCUCAGGCUUUGAGGAUUUAAAAAGUACAAACUUGAAGAGAUCCACAACAUGCCACGAUUGUGCCUUUAGUUUUGAAAUCAAUGAUUUCAACAUUGCAACAAUUGAAGCGACUGGUCUGUGUUUUGAUCCAUAAAGGCAAGCGUGUUGCUUCUAUUGUGAGCCAGAACAUUGUUGAGGCUAACUUUAGCAAAGAAGGCUACCCACUAUGCCCAGCCUUGGACCUGAUCUCUCCUGCUGUGCUUAUUUUCUAUUUUCUUUCUGUGCGUAGGCUGAAAAGGAGAUGGCCUUCAAUGAAUAUUUAGUUCUCAAGUUAUUUUUCACCCAGUUUGUUCCUUUUAGUUUAUUUUUUGUUAAUAGAUGUUACAGCACAUGAAUACAGCUAUAGUGUAUGUAUAGUGUAUAUGCAUAUAGUACCACAUAUAGUGUUUGACUUAAAGUGCCUUAGACAUUUGUCCAUUUGCAGACGUAUUACUUUAAAGAAAAUCUAUAGCUACAGCAAGCUAUAUAUUUUAAAUGGUCCAUUGGUGACACACAAAAUGUGUUGUGUGGUGAGUAAAUGUAUUGGGAAUGGGAAGAAAGCAGGAAUUUAAUUAAUUUUUGUUUGGUAAGUAAGAUAAACAUUUUGAAAAUUCAAAAGAAAUUCAAAAUGCCUAUAUUAAUAUUGAAUAUAUAUUAAUUCUUUAAUCCAGAUCUGAGAAGUGUUUUUACUCUUUUGGUGCCUUAAAUGUCUUGUGAUGUAUUGUUUGAGGAUAAUAACUCUGAAGACCCUCCAAGAAAUCUUUUUUCAUGCACUGAAAGACUGUCAUACAUAAAGUCAUAAAGUCACUGAAAGACUAUGUAUUUCUGGCAUGACACAAGGUUGGGAUUAUAGAGUACAUUAAGAGUUUUAGAUGUUCUCUACUGAUUAAAACUAACUUUUUUUUCUGUGUGGAUAAAAAAACAUGGGUUUGAAGAUGAACGGGUUCAUCUUAACUGGGAACUAUAGGCUUGAUGUCGCCAUUUUUAUUUCUACAACUUAAAUUGAAUAAAUACAAAAUUAGAAUAUU